AUGCUAGACGAGUCGAAGGCAAACGUGCUGCGACGGUUUGAGUAUUUGGAGCGACGUUUGGAGCGAAACUCCGAGCUGAAGAUUGAGUAUCACAGAUUCAUGCAGGAAUACAUCGACCUCGGGCAUAUGCAGCCAAGCAAACUAACUGAGACCAAAGGCGCAAAAUCAUUCUACCUACCACACCAUCCUGUUAUCAAGGAGGCUAGUACUGCGACAAAGGUUCGUGUUGUAUUUGAUGGUUCGCCAAAAACGUCUACCGGUUUUUCCCUCAACGAUGCCCUCUGUGUCGGCCCGGUCGUCCAGGACGAGCUACUCACUACAAUCUUACGAUUUCGGACGCAUCCCAUCGCUCUAGUAGGUGACAUAGCGAAAAUGUACCGACAGGUUCUCGUGCAUCCAGACGAUGUUCCACUGCAACGCAUUUUCUGGCGAUUUUCCUCCGACAUGCCAGUACAAACCUUUGAUCUACUUACCGUUACUUAUGGUUUAGCUCCAUCGUCGUUUUUGGCAACUCGCACGCUGCUACAACUGGCUGACGACGAAGGCCGCUCGUAUUCCAUCGGCAGCAGGGCUCUCCGGAAAGGUUUCUAUGUCGACGACUUCAUUGGCGGGGAGCAAACUGUUGAACGCGCCAUCCACUUACGCAUAGAACUCAGCAAAUUGCUCGAAAAGGGAGGAUUCGUUCUUCGCAAGUGGACUUCAAACCGGCUCGAAGUGCUACACGGCCUAGACGCCGACAAAAUCGGUACCCAAUCCCCUCUGGAGUUCACCCCCCACGAGACAGUGAAAGCGCUAGGAAUUAUUUGGGAACCAGAGGGAGAUUUUCUUCGCUUCGACUCGCAAGUACAACAUGACGGCAAACCGCCCACCAAACGUUCAAUUCUAUCCUCUAUCGCCAAACUAUUCGACCCCAUAGGUCUUAUUGCGCCCGUUGUUGUGAGGGCCAAAAUCAUCAUGCAGCAGUUGUGGCUGCUACCUGUCGAAUGGGAUGAUCCAGUUCCUGAGACUGUUCGAACCAACUGGGAGAACUAUCACGAUGAGUUGCCGAAAAUCACCGCCCACCGGGUAAAUCGAUAUGCCUUUCUCCCAUGCUCCACCAUACAGUUGCAUACUUUCGCCGACGCUUCUGAAUUGGCCUACGGUGCAUGCAUCUACGCUCGUUGCGAAGACGAGCAGGGAAACGUCAAAGUCGAGCUUCUAGCAGCCAAGUCACGUGUCGCUCCACUAAAACGACUAACUAUCGCACGUCUAGAACUCUGCGCUGCAGUUUUGGCUGCCCAUCUCCACGAUCGAGUUAAACACGCCAUCGACAUUGACGUCUCUGCCUCUAUUUUCUGGUCGGAUUCCGCCAUCGUUCUCCAGUGGCUCCGAUCCCCUCCGAACACAUGGCAGACCUUUGUGGGAAACAGAGUUUCGGAAAUACAACAGUUUACCCACGGCUGUCAAUGGAGGCACGUUCCUGGUAGCGAAAAUCCCGCUGACUUAGUGUCGCGCGGAAUGUCGGUCGACGAGUUCCUGAAUAGUAAAUUGUGGAAGGAGGGGCCCCACUGGUUGCUGCAACACUGUCGAGAAUGGGCCGCCUUUGAACCGCCCGGCGUUGCUGAGGAGAUGCUAGAAGUUCGACAUGUUGUAACACUUGUACAAUCAACGUCAUCAGUAAAUGCGAUAUUUCUCCGCUGGUCAUCAUACACCCGCCUACUACACGUUACCGGCAAUUGCCUUCGCUUUCUGCGGAACGCCCAUGCCAAGGCCAGAACGCAACCUCCUCCCAACACCACAUCCGUUGUGAAAUCGUUAUCUGUGGAACUACUUACCCAAGCCAAAUUUAUACUAAUACGCCUUGCUCAACAGGAUGCCUUCGGUUCAGAAAUAAGAGAGUUGGAAAAGGGGAAACCAGUAGCAAAACAUUCGCACGUGCGCCAAAUGAGUCCGUUUUUAGACCAGGGAAAAGUGUUGAGGGUCGGAGGUCGACUAAAGCUAGCCCAGCUUCCCUAUCAAAUGAAACAUCCUGCCCUACUCCCAAGCUUUCACCCCCUAUCACUUUUAAUUGCCAACUAUUAUCACAACAAAAUGCUUCACGCCGGUGGGCGAGUACUGCUGUCCGUCAUCCGAGAAGAAUUUUGGCCAGUACAUGGCCGUCGCUUAGUUCGCUGCACAGUACGCAAAUGCUUUCGCUGCACUCGCCUCAACCCGGAACCUGCCCGUCAGCACAUCGGUCAACUGCCCGUUCAUCGAAUAGUCCCUAGGCGCCCGUUUAGUGUCGCUGGAGUAGACUACGCUGGCCCGCUGUACCUAAAACCAAUCCACAAGCGCGCCGCACCAGCCAAAGCGUACAUUUGCCUGUUCAUCUGCUUCGCCACCAAGGCCGUCCACAUUGAGCUCGUCAGCGAUCUGACCACCCAGGCGUUCCUGUGUGCGCUCCGCCGUUUCAUUGCUAGGCGCGGCCGCCCAACACACAUUCACUCGGAUAAUGGCAAAAAUUUCGAGGGAGCUAAAAAUGAAUUGCAACAGUUAUUUGCCAUGUUUCAAAACCAGGAGGAAAUCGAAAAAAUUACAUCAACUUGCGCAGAGGAAGGUAUCACUUGGCACUUGGUCCCGCCAAAGGCACCCCAUUUCGGCGGUUUGUGGGAGGCGGCCAUCAAGGUAGCCAAGAAACAACUUUACCGCCAGCUCGGUCCGUCUCGACUAUCGUUCGAAGAUGUUGGAACGGUGCUCUCGCAGAUCGAAGCUCUGAUGAAUUCCCGGCCGCUGCUGCCAAUGUCAGAUGAUCCGGAUGAUUUGGCUGCACUCACACCAGCGCACUUCUUGAUCGGAACCAGCAUGCUCGCCUUGCCCGACCCAGAUCAUCGGAACAUCCCAGUCAACCGACUGGAUCACUACCAGAAACUUCAACUUCACGUCCAAAAAUUCUGGUGCCACUGGCGAUCGGAAUACCUUCAGGAGCUGCAAAAAGACACCGUAAUGAACCGACGAAAUGACAGUAUGCUGCCAGGCCGAAUGGUUGUUGUCGUCGAUGAGAUGCAACAACCAAUACGUUGGCCUCUCGCCCGAAUUUUGACCACUUCACCAGGUCCAGAUGGAAUGACCAGAGUCGUGACGCUACGCACUGUUCGGGGAAUUAUCACCCGGCCAAUCACAAAGGUUUGUUUACUGCCGGAUUCCACUACCACUGCAAUUGAUGGAGAAGAAGACCCGCUAGCCAUCAACCCGCAAUCAGCUCAACGAUCCGGAGUGCUUGAAGAAGAAAAUUAA